AUGGCUCUCUCCCCGCAAAUUACCAACCUGGUCAUCAUCCUGGGAAUGAUGCAGGUGUCUAAAAAGAUUCCCUUCGACGACCCGCAAGUACUGCUGGGUGUGCGCAUCCUCUACGUCGUGUCCAACCUCGUCAUCUUCGGGCUGUAUUACUAUAUCGGGAUGAAGAUCAAGAGCAAACGAGACCUCACCACUCUCAAGUAUGUCGAGCCUGCUCCGAUGGGCUCUGGCGAAGAGCCGAAGCUGGUCACCACCACCAUCCAAGAGUAUGACAGCAAUCAGGUGGCCGCGCAGUACAAGCAGCAGCUGAUGGGUUGCGCCAUGAUGGCCUUCAUGCAUGUGUAUAUGAAAUACACCAACCCGCUCCUCAUCCAGUCCAUCAUCCCCCUGAAGGGUGCAUUUGAGAGCAACCUGGUCAAGGUCCACAUCUUGGGCAAGCCUGCGGCCGGUGAGCUGAAGCGUCCGUGGAAAGCGGCGGGAGGCAUGAUGAACAUGGGACAGGGUGCGCCCGUCACUGACAAGGCAUCUGUCGAAGCUGCGGAGCGCGCUGGACGCGGCGGAGCCAAGGAAGAGUGA